AGCAGAUGAUGAUGCUUCAGCCUGAGGCACGCACGGCCUUGAAUCAAACUUUAUUGAAUGCAGAACGCUGACGGAGCAGCUUCGCAGUCACAGUCGGACCAGCGUGUGUUUAACCAGGUUUUAUUGUCAACAUCCAGGUAGUUCCAGUCACUUUGUCAGAUGGCUCUCGGCAUCGAACGCAGCAGACGUCGGCCGGGCGACGGCGAGCCCAACGUCCUGAACCUGAACGUGCUGCUGAUAGGCCACGGGCAGAGUGGGAGGAGCUCAGUGGGAAAUGCUCUGAUUGGUGGAGAGGUGUUUCAAACAGGCACCUGCAUCUCCGGCAGUUCCACGACCACAGAGUGCCAGCUCCUCCGCCGAACUUUCUCCAGGUACUUCAGAAGACAGGGGGCGGAGUCUGACCUCGUGUUGAGGGUGGUCGACACGCCCCCUGCGUUGCCCCACCCACAGAUCGUCCACGAGCUCUGUCCCGACGGCGUGCACGUGCUAGUCCUCGUUGUGAGAGCUGACCUGCCACACUGCGACACACACCUGAAGGAGCAUGUGGAGACUCUUUUCGGUCCAGAAUGGUGUCGUCACACUUUACUAGUUCUCACUCAUGCUGACCACCUGAAGGAGGCGGGGCUUCACCGGUCGAUCUACCUCGCUCGGACCAGUGAUUGGCUGAGAGCUCUGGCUGAGGACGUGGGAGGAGGAGUCUUCUUUUUGGACAACAGCUGUGAUUGGCCAUCAAUCAGAGGACGACCGCUGAGAGAUCAGCUGCUCUGCCUCUCAGCCCGGAACCACCACAGAGCUCUUCGCCUCAGGGCGGAGGUCUCACUCUGACUGUGAGAAGAGGAUCUACUCACAUGAUCACACAGAUCGUUGGCAGAUGAUGGUGUUCUGGCUGAUUUUUUCAGCA